AUGGAUUUUUCUAUUCCUCCUACCUUACCUCUAGAUCUGCAAAGUCGGUUAAAUGAGUUAAUUCAAGACUAUAAGGAUGAAAAUCUAACAAGAAAGGGUUAUGAGACCAAAAGAAAACAAUUGCUAGACAAAUUUGAAAUCUCCCAAAUGAGGCCUUAUACCCCGCUUCGAUCUCCCAAUUCGAGAAAGUCGAAACAUUUGCACAGAAGAAAUACAAGUCUUGCAUCAUCCAUUACGUCGUUACCUAAUUCAAUUGACAGACGUCAUUCUAUCUAUCGUGUCACAACUAUAAACUCGACUUCUGCGAACAAUACUCCCAGAAGGCGGAGCAAGAGAUAUACAGCUUCUUUGCAAUCGUCAUUGCCAGGUUCCAGUGAUGAAAACGGUUCAGUGAAGGAUGCCGUUUAUAAUCCUAUGAUACCAUUACUACCAAGACACACUGGAGCCGAAAAUACUAGCAGUGGAGACUCAGCAAUGACGGAUUCUUUACCGCUAAUUUUACGGGGACGCUUUGAACAUUAUGAUGGUCAAACAGCGAUGAUCAGCAUAAAUUCUAAAGGCAAAGAAACGUUCAUCACAUGGGAUAAACUUUAUUUGAAAGCGGAGAGGGUAGCACAUGAAUUGAAUAAGAGUCACCUUUACAAAAUGGAUAAGAUUUUACUAUGGUACAAUAAAAAUGAUGUCAUCGAAUUUACUAUUGCAUUAUUAGGCUGUUUCAUAUCCGGCAUGGCAGCUGUACCAGUCUCAUUCGAAACGUAUUCUCUGCGUGAGAUCCUUGAGAUAAUUAAAGUAACAAAUUCGAAAUUUGUUCUGAUUUCUAACGCAUGUCAUAGACAAUUAGAUAACUUGUAUUCGUCAUCAAAUCAUUCAAAAGUUAAACUGGUUAAGAACGAUGUUUUCCAGCAAAUCAAAUUUGUCAAGACUGAUGACUUAGGGACGUACACAAAGGCAAAAAAAACUUCGCCUACCUUUGAUAUACCGAAUAUUUCAUAUAUAGAGUUUACUAGAACACCGCUAGGUCGUCUUUCUGGCGUCGUCAUGAAGCAUAACAUCUUAAUAAACCAAUUUGAAACGAUGACAAAAAUUCUAAACUCACGAUCAAUGCCUCACUGGAAACAAAAAUCACAAAGCAUCAGGAAGCCAUUUCACAAAAAAAUUAUGGCAACCAACUCAAGGUUUGUUAUCUUGAAUAGUCUGGACCCUACUAGAUCUACUGGUUUGAUAAUGGGUGUGCUUUUCAAUCUUUUUACUGGUAAUCUUAUGAUAUCUAUCGAUAGUAGUAUAUUACAACGACCUGGGGGCUAUGAAAAUAUCAUUGAUAAAUUUAGAGCCGACAUUUUACUGAAUGAUCAGCUACAAUUGAAGCAGGUAGUUAUUAAUUAUUUGGAAAAUCCCGAAUCAGCUUUUUCCAAGAAGCACAAAAUAGAUUUCAGUUGCAUCAAGUCAUGUUUAACCUCAUGUACCACUAUAGAUACCGAUGUAAGCGAGAUGGUUGUUCAUAAAUGGCUGAAAAAUUUAGGAUGUAUUGAUGCACCAUUUUGUUAUUCUCCCAUGUUAACGUUAUUGGACUUUGGUGGUAUCUUUAUAUCUAUAAGAGAUCAAUUAGGAAACCUAGAGAACUUUCCAAUACAUAAUUCAAAACUAAGGCUUCAAAAUGAAUUGUUUAUAAACCGCGAGAAAUUGAAGCUUAAUGAGGUUGAAUGUAGCAUAACUGCUAUGAUUAAUUCAUCAAGCUCCUUCAAAGAUUAUCUUAAAUUAGAAACAUUUGGCUUCCCAAUUCCUGAUAUCACUUUAUGUGUGGUUAAUCCAGAUACGAAUACGUUGGUGCAAGACCUCACUGUUGGAGAAAUAUGGAUCUCUUCUAACCACAUCACCGACGAAUUUUACCAGAUGGAUAAAGUGAACGAAUUUGUGUUCAAAGCAAAACUAAAUUACUCCGAAAUGUUUUCUUGGGCAAAGUAUGAAAUGCCUACUAACGAAAAAUCGCAAGCAGUUACUGAACAAUUGGAUACCAUUCUGAAUAUUUGUCCUGCAAAUACCUACUUUAUGAGAACCAAGCUUAUGGGGUUUGUUCAUAACGGAAAGAUAUACGUGCUUUCACUCAUAGAAGAUAUGUUUUUACAGAAUAGAUUAAUCAGAUUACCUAACUGGGCUCACACAUCAAACCUUCUUUAUGCCAAAAAAGGGAAUCAAUCUGCUCAACCUAAAGGUAACACUGGAGCAGAAAGCACUAAGGCUAUUGAUAUUUCGAGUUUAAGUGGCGAAACAUCUUCGGGAUACAAAAGAGUUGUUGAAUCCCACUAUCUACAACAGAUUACUGAAACAGUUGUGAGGACAGUAAAUACAGUUUUUGAGGUUGCUGCAUUUGAAUUACAACACCAUAAAGAAGAGCACUUUUUAGUUAUGGUGGUAGAAAGCUCCCUAGCAAAAACCGAAGAAGAGAGUAAAAAUGGCGAAACAACAGAUACUACCUUAAUGAAAUUUGCAGAAACACAGAGGAACAAAUUAGAAACGAAAAUGAAUGAUUUAACUGACCAAAUUUUUAGAAUUCUUUGGAUUUUUCAUAAAAUCCAACCAAUGUGCAUUUUAGUUGUGCCGAGAGAUACUUUACCUAGGAGAUAUUGUUCUCUGGAAUUGGCCAAUAGCACGGUAGAGAAGAAGUUUUUAAACAAUGAUCUCAGUGCACAGUUUGUAAAGUUUCAAUUCGAUAAUGUCAUAUUGGAUUUUUUGCCCCAUUCAGCGUACUAUAAUGAGAGUAUAUUAUCCGAGCAUUUAUCAAAAUUGAGAAAGAUGGCUUUACAAGAAGAAUACGCUAUGAUCGAACCAGCAUAUCGUAAUGGCGGUCCCGUUAAACCAAAACUUGCCCUACAAUGCAGUGGUGUUGAUUACAGAGAUGAGUCUGUUGACACUCGAAGCCAUACAAAACUCACAGACUUCAAAUCGAUUUUAGAGAUUCUGGAAUGGAGAAUUUCUAAUUAUGGGAACGAAACGGCGUUCAGUGAUGGUACAAACACAAACCUAGUCAACUCUUCAGCUAGUAACGAUAAUAACGUUCACAAAAAGGUAUCAUGGGCAAGUUUUGGUAAAAUUGUCGCAGGCUUUUUGAAAAAAAUCGUAGGUUCUAAAAUUCCAUUGAAGCAUGGUGACCCUAUUAUUAUUAUGUGUGAAAAUUCGGUUGAAUACGUAGCGAUGAUCAUGGCCUGCCUGUACUGUAACUUAUUGGUAAUUCCCCUACCAAGCGUUAAGGAGUCUGUCAUAGAAGAGGACCUAAAAGGCUUGGUUAAUAUUAUUCAAAGUUACAAAGUGAAAAGAGUAUUUGUUGAUGCUAAAUUGCACUCAUUGUUGAAUGAUAAUAAUGUCGUAAACAAAUGUUUUAAGAAAUACAAAAGUUUGAUACCCAAGAUUACAGUUUUCUCAAAAGUCAAGACAAAGAAUGCGUUAACAGUAUCUAUGUUUAAGAAUGUGUUAAAGCAGAAAUUUGGGGCCAAACCAGGUACUAGGAUUGGUAUGACACCGUGUGUUGUAUGGGUAAAUACAGAGUAUGAUGUAACAUCUAAUAUUCACGUAACAAUGACACAUUCGUCUUUACUGAAUGCAAGCAAAAUAGUCAAAGAAACUUUGCAGUUAAGAAAUAAUAGUCCACUUUUCUCUAUAUGUUCUCAUACAUCUGGAUUGGGCUUUAUGUUCAGCUGUUUGUUAGGAAUUUAUACGGGUGCUUCAACUUGCUUAUUCAGCCUUACUGAUGUUCUUACUGACCCUAAGGAGUUUUUAAUUGGCCUUCAAAAUUUAAACGUAAAAGAUUUAUAUUUGAAGCUUGAAACGUUAUAUGCUUUACUGGAUAGAGCCUCUAGUUUGAUUGAGGGAUUCAAAAAUAAGAAGGAGAAUAUAAACUCUGCCAAAAACAAUACAUCUGGCUCGCUUAGAGAAGAUGUUUUCAAGGGUGUUCGAAAUAUCAUGAUACCUUUUCCUAAUAGACCAAGGAUUUAUACAAUUGAAAAUAUUUUAAAACGGUACUCAACCAUAUCCCUAUCAUGUACACAAAUAAGUUAUGUCUAUCAACAUCACUUCAAUCCGCUUAUAUCAUUAAGGUCGUAUCUGGAUAUUCCUCCGGUUGACCUAUAUUUAGACCCAUUUUCACUGAGGGAAGGUAUAAUUAGAGAAGUCAACCCCAAUGAUGUAAGUGCUGGAAACUAUAUCAAGAUUCAAGAUUCUGGUGUUGUUCCUGUAUGUACUGACGUUUCAGUAGUUAAUCCAGAGACACUCCUACCAUGUGUUGAUGGAGAAUUCGGUGAGAUUUGGUGCUGUUCGGAAGCUAAUGCAUUCGACUACUUUGUGUGUAACAGUUCAAAAAACAAGUUGUACAAAGAUCCCUUUAUCACAGAACAAUUCAAAAGUAAGAUGAAGAGCGAAGUGAAUAACACUUUAAGCUAUUUGAGAACUGGUGAUCUGGGCUUUAUCAAAAACGUAAGUUGCACGAAUUCACAGGGAGAGGUCGUCAAUUUGAACUUGUUGUUUGUUUUGGGAAGUAUUCAUGAAUCCAUUGAAAUUCUAGGAUUGACACAUUUUGUUAGUGAUUUGGAGAGAACCGUUAAAGAUGUUCACAGUGACAUUGGUAGUUGUUUGAUUGCCAAAGCAGGUGGAUUAUUAGUGUGCUUAAUUAGGUGUAAGGAACGACAUAAUCCCAUCUUGGGUAAUCUAACGACUUUAAUUGUUUCAGAGUUGUUAAAUAAGCAUGGUGUCAUUUUAGAUUUAUGCACAUUUGUGAGAACUAAAGGUAUAAGCCCAAAAAAUUCUAGUAUGAUAAUGGAAGUUUGGGCGAAAAAUAGAGCAUCGAUAAUGCAAGCCUGGUUUGAUCAGAAAAUUCAAAUAGAAGCACAAUUUGGCAUAAACUAUGGUGAAAAUAUUUCCAUUUAUUUAUUAUCAGAUUAUGAAAAGGACAAUAUUUAA